AAAUUUUGUUAUUUGAAAAGCUGCAAAUGUCAGGGGUCAAUUUUUAAAAAGCAGCUUUUAGAAUUUGUGAAUUUGUACCACAAAUAACAUGUCAUUGCAAAAUCUAAAAAGAGCCUCUAGGAUCAAGGGAUAUGGCUAUCUUUUUACUCCUAAUAUGAAGCGCUGUUCCAGCCAAGAUGCUGCAAAGAGUGCCUACAAAUUCGUCGUUGUUGGUGGAGGUGCUGCGGGAUUGAGUGUAGCAUCGUUUCUAUCGAGGAAAUUCCCUAAUCAAGUUGCCGUUGUAGAGCCCUCAGAUAAACAUUUUUAUCAACCAUUAUGGACUUUGGUUGGUGGAGGCAUCAAAGAUGUUUCAGAGUCAGUCAGGCCCAUGAAAUCUGUUAUGCCUGAGAAAUCAGACUGGAUACAAGACGGUGCUGCAGAAUUUAAUCCCGAGAGCAACUCUGUGCUGACUUUGGGUGGGAAAGAGAUCAAGUAUGAAUUUCUCAUAGUUGCAACUGGAUUGCAAAUAAACUUUGGAAAGGUGAAAGGCCUUCAAGAAUCUCUUGGGAUGCCUGGUGUUUGUAGCAACUAUUCUAUAAAGACAGUGACUGACACUUUUAAAAGCAUCCAGACGUUUCAAGGUGGCAACGCGCUGUUUACGUUGCCGAACACGCCUAUCAAAUGCCAAGGAGCUCCGCAGAAAAUCAUGUACUUAGCAGAAGAUUAUUUCAGAAAGCAUGGUAUUAGAUCGAAGGCAAAUGUACAUUACAUGACCGCAUUGUCCUUUAUGUUUGCUGUACCGAAAUAUCGGACCGUUCUGGAUCGGAUUUGCGCUGAAAGAGACAUCAAUGUUAAUUUUAGACAUAAUUUGAUUGAAUUGAAUUAUGGCGACAGGGAGGCGAUCUUCGAAGUGCUGGACGAAUCAGGGAAGGCGGUUGACAAAAAGACAAUUCAGUUCGAAAUGAUACAUGUCACUCCUCCGCAAGGCCCAAUUGAUGCUGUGAAGCAGAGUAAACUGGUUGACGCCACUGGUUUUGUCGACAUAAACAAACACACGAUGAGACACAAGACAUAUCCAAAUGUAUUUUCACUUGGCGACUGCAGUAAUGCGCCGAUAAGCAAGACGGCUGCAGCAAUCUCAGGGCAAAGUGCGGCGGUAAGGCAAAAUAUAAUGGCCCUUUUGGAAGGCCGAGAGCCAGAAAAGGAGUAUCAAGGAUACACAUCAUGUCCUCUCAUAACUGGGUACAAUAGAUGUGUCUUGGCUGAAUUCAACUAUGACGGAGUUCCCAUGGAAACAUUUCCGGUUGACCAAGGAAAGGAAAGGACUUCAAUGUUUUAUCUUAAAUCAGAUGUUAUGCCUGCGAUAUAUUGGGAUGGACUGAUAAAAGGCUACUGGAAUGGGCCUGGAUUUUACAGAAAACUCAUGCAUCUUGGAUUAGUAGAAUAAUCAUUUAAUUUCCUAAUAUAUUGUUUAAGUAGCUAACGGAAAUAUCUUUUCAUUCAUCACAGAAAUGUUUUUUAGAAUAAUUAACAUUUUAUAACUUCAUCAUAUAGAUAAUAAGUUGUUUGGGUUUUGCUAGACAUUUUUUUGACGCUUUUUCAAAUCUGGGGAUUAGGUUCUGACAGAUAUCGUAAAGUCUCGAAUUGCCCCCUCCCCC